CAGCCUUCGAGCAAGUACUACUUCAUAUUUCAGAAAGGGAUCGUUUUUCCUUAUAUUCUUAUCCAUAUGAUGCAUUCUCAAUUCAAAAUACCUGCACCAAAUUGUACGUGCUACGUACAAGAAGCCGAAAAUGCAGAGCAUAACGAGCCUCCUCAAACCUAGUACUCCUGCAUUCAAGAAACUCGAGAUCCGAUUAGAUACACCCAACGUAUAUAUUACAACUUCUUCCACCGAUGACGGGCUCUGUCCACCCAGCAUACGUGGUCGAGUGAUAUUGAUGACCCAUCAAGAGCUUCUCGCCAAAGAAGUCAGGAUUACGUUGAGGGCAACCAGAAGAAUUCAAUGGUAUACCGACGCUGCCCACCCGCAAAGAGUCAGGAACAACGACAUCAUCACUACGAAGGAGUCGCGCGUGUUCCCUCCCUUGUCGGCAUUGAUCAUUGAGCAAACACAUCGGAUCGAGUCUGGAAACCAUGUAUGGCCAUUCGAAAUCGAUCUUGAACCUGAUUCGAUCGAGACUGUCAGUGGGAUGUGGGAUAACUAUGUAGCAUACACCCUGGAAGCUACCGUGGUUGCAGCAGGUUAUCUAAAACGGAAUUUCUCCGUGAGCCGACCGUUCAAAGUGAUCAGGAUCAUUGAAGAUAGCGCACUGGAUGUAAUUGAGCCUGAGCAGAUCCGAACCGGCACUUGGGAGGAUAAGCUUCACUAUCAAAUCAGCACAUCUCCCUCCUCACAUCCUUGGGGCCAACCAAUCGCGGCAUACUUUAAUAUCUCACAACUUAGCAAGAAGAUCAAGAUAGACAAAAUUGCAUUACGAUUUCUAGAAAUUAUGGAGCUAAGAGCCUUCGAUGGCCGACGCGAGCUAUUCAACCAGGACAAAAAAGUCGUUACUCAUGUCGAAGCGCUUUCUCCGAAUAACCCAGAUCUCUUGCUAGACGGUGAGCAAAACAUCGAUGGAGCCCACCUAUUCAAGGUUGAUAUAAUGCUGCCAAAAUCUUUACGAUACUGUCGGCAGUCGGUACUACAGAGCCGAAUACGUCUUAAACACAGAUUGUGUAUUGAUCUCCACGCUAGCGACGAUAACGGAGUGAACCACGCCAUUUCACAUGAGUUUGAAUAUUUCCUCGCCAUUCCUUCGUCUCUCACUUUUGAUGAGUACGAUAAUGUGCAUCUUGAUCUGAUCGCAGGCUCUCAACGGGACGCGACUGGCUUACACAAACUUCGCGAUCCACCGCCCGCAUUCGAAGACCACCACAAAGAUCCUAUAUUCUAUCCCGACCUUCUCUCAUGGAUUAACCCAACUGAGGGGGCGGACCCUGCUCGAUUCGAUCAUUCUCAAGCAGAACAACAUAUACUGCUCUGCACCACGACUCCAACCGGGCUAACAUUUCCCUUCAUGGCUCCCAAAGCACCAUCUCAUUUCAAUCCGCCCGAACCCCUACAGGAUCUUCCGCUUCAUUGUGUACCGAGCUACGAAACCGCACUGUCAACCCCGGAAGUGUACACGGAAUACGCUGACCACCGACCGGCGUACAAUGUCGACUGAAAAGCACAACAAAGUCCUACCAAAGGUAAGGGUGCAUCGGUGUGGCAAUAGUUUCACCUAUCAUGAAGAUAUACCUCGCAUGCCUGUUCUUUCUCAAACUGCCCUUCCGCGAUCCAAUAAACUUUACUUCGACAUGGCGACACCAGCUUUCUUUCUAUUUGUAGCUGUAAUGGAGAUAUUACAAAAGAGGACAUGAAAUGUCUCAACCUCAAAGUGUACUUAUGUAAGCGGAAGAAGUGAGAAAUGUAUGAAAUGGAACAAUGGCGAAGUAAAUUGUUAUGUCUUUACCAAAUACGCUUCGACAUUGUACCGGUCAAGGUCUUGCGGAUAUGAGGUCAUAUUUACACAAUUCUCAUAGCUGAUAGUUGGAUCCCCAGAUCCAGCUCUGAUCUUGGCUAUUGAAACAGCUUCCCAUCCAUUGGCCUGAUUCCAUGUUAAGAAACGCGCCACUCUCAGGGGACUCGGUAGGUAGAUUAAU